CAGGAGGGACAUUGCGGGAGCGCAGGACAAGACAGCCACACAAUCUCGGAGCUAAGUUCCCUACACGAUGACAAUUCCCACUUCAACCGCUCCUAUCGCCAAGUGCGCAGGAAGCCUCUCCCUUCCAGCUGUAAUGUCGAUGGGGAUGCAGAAUACUGGUCCGGCGUUGUUGGGGGGACCACGAGGUCUUCCAAAUUCAGGGAUGACAGAGAGAGCUUCAGGAGUAGCCUCCAAAGACCAACAUCUGAAGUUUUAGAAAGGAAAUCCUUCCCCAUGGCAGUUCAAGCCGUUUCGACCGAUGAGUUAGCAGCAUUCGCAGACUCCUAUAAACAGAGGCCCCGGAGGGCUGACAGUCGGGGCCCUGGCUCAGGACCAAGGUUUGAGCGGUCCGAGUCAAGAGGAAGAUCAGUCUACCAGGACAGCUCAACCGAUGACUACUAUGGAAAACGAAACUAUGGAAGGGAGCUCUUUUCAGACAAUGAACGAGGCUGGUCAUUCAGCCCUUCUAGGAUACGAGCCCCAGAGGACAAGCAUCUUCCCAAAAGGAUAACUAGAAUGGGACAGAGUUACGAUGACGCUUACCUUAGCAGUAUUCUAGAACGGAAGUCAAGGGGUAUCGAGGAUACCAGCAUCACCCCGUCUAAACUAAGCCUGCGGCAAAAUUCAAGCCGCAGCUACGGUCGAUCUCCAACGUUCAAGACUGGAGAAGGCAAGGACCAUCACAAAGUUGAGGAAGAAGAUUCACUUCCUCCCUACAGCGAGAGAGAGCUUGCCAGGGCUCUCCCGUUUCGUUCAAGAGAACAUUCCUAUCUCAGCGCCUCCGACAAGAGGAAGAAAAAGGAGCAGCCCAGUAAAACAGUGAGAAAAGCCUUCUUUUUUUACAUGAAUGGGUCACAGGCCAAAUGGGGUUGGAGGGCGUUGUCAAAAAUUUAA